AUGAUAUAAUAGAUUAAAAAAUAUAACAAAUUGGAAGAAUUUUUAAGCUCUUCUCUUUUAUCUCAUUAGGAGCUCCAUAUUGAUCUGAGUGAAAAUAAAAUUGGUGAUGAAGGUGCUUCAAGCUUAGGUUCUGGUUUAGCAAAUUGCCUUAAUCUCUCAAAUUUGACACUUGACCUUUAUAGAAAUUAAAUUGGUGAUGAAGGUUCUUCAAUCUUAGGUUAUGGUUUAGUAAAUUGCAUUAAUCUCUCAAAUUUGACACUUGAUCUUUGUGGAAAUUAAAUUGGUGAUAAAGGUGCUUCAGGUUUAGGUUCUGAUUUAGCAAAUUGCAUUAAUCUCUCAAAUUUGAGACUUGAUCUUCGUGAAAAUUAAAUUGGUGAUGAAGGUGCUUUAGGCUUAGGUUCUGGUUUAGAAAAUUGCACUAAUCUCACAAAUUUGACACUUGACCUUUAUUUCAAUUAUAUUGGUGAUGAAGGUGCUUCAGGCUUAGGUUCAAGUUUAGCAAAUUGCAUUAAUCUCUCAAAUUUGACACUUGACCUUUAUAUAAAUUAAAUUUGUGAUGAAGGUGCAUCAGGCUUAGGUUCUGGUUUAGCAAAUAGCAUUAAUCUCUCAAAUUUGACACUUGAUCUUCGGAAUAAUUAUAUUGAUGAUGAAGGUGCAUCAGUCUUAGGUUCUGGUUUAGCAAAUUACAUUAAUCUCUCAAAUUUGACACUUGAUCUUCGUGAAAAUUAAAUUGGUGAUAAAGGUGCUUCAGGCUUAGGUUCUGGUUUAGCAAAUUGCAUUAAUCUCUCAAAUUUGACACUUGAUCUUCGUGAAAAUUAAAUUGGUGAUGAAGGUGCUUCAGGCUUAGGUUCUGGUUUAGCAAAUUGCAUUAAUCUCUCAAAUUUGACACUUCGCCUUAAUUUCAAUUAUAUUGGUGAUCAAGGUGCUUCAGGCUUAGGUUCUUGUUUAGCAAAUUGCAUUAAUCUCUAUAUUUUGACACUUCGCCUUAA